AUGUUCAUGCUGCGGUAUGGCUCUAGACUUCCAGGAUUGGCACUCUCUAGGUGUCCAAGAUUAGCCGUUGCAACCAUACGUUCACUACAAUAUUCUACAACUGAUAUCGAUGACAGUACCGUCGUUCCAUGGUAUCUACGGAUAGUAGAAGAAGAAAAGAAGUUAAAUCAUACUUUACUACCCAGUCAAGAACAUGAAAUUACGUUCCCACCAAAUACAACCGAGUCAUUACGAGAUAUCUGUAAAUUUCUUCAAGAUGAUCUCUAUCUAUCUGACAUCAAAAUAUUUGAUUUGCAAAGAAAUAAAGAUAUUCCAAUAAAGAAAAUUUGUCAAACUGUUAUAUUGGCAACUUCAAAAUCAGUGAAACAUGCACAGUUCGCUUCCAUGCAGCUAAACAAGUUAAUCAAGUCGCAAUUCAAAGUGGUCCCUCAUAUUGAGGGUUGUAAUACUAAAAAUAUCACUAAUAUCAAAAAAUAUAGAUCAAAAAAGAGAAGUAUGGAAAACUCAAUAAAUGCUGAUGAAGCAUGGAUACUCAUGGAUUUGCAUGUCGAAAGUGUCUUCCUUAAUAUUAUGACACCAAAGAAAAGAUCAGAACUGAAUCUCGAGGAACUUUAUGACCCAGAAUAUAAGAAAAUUGUCUCACUCCAAAAUGAUGAGCCUAUUGCUAUUGAUCAUGAAGAUAAUAUAUUAAUUGGUCUAAGAAAUUUGGCUCGACAAAGAAAGAGAAAUUAUUCUACAAUAUCAGCGUCAAAAGAAUUCGUUUCAUUGUUAAGAACCCAAGAUUUCCCAAAAAUCAAUAAUUACCUGACAAGAUUCAAACCAAUUAAUACUCUGGACCCUCUUAAGUCAAUUGUCUCUACUCUCUCUAAUAUGCAACAAGACACUUCAGUCGACAUUGAAAAUUGGAAAAUGGUAUUUGACAGCUUUUGGCCUUUGGUGGUGAUAAGCCCAGAUUUCUGGCAAUUAAGAUUCAAGUUUCUCACUUUACUGAACGUUGCAAAUCCUGAAAUUUAUCACUGUCGAAGAUUCUUCAAUGAUUAUUUCAAAUUAAAAGCUUACAUGGGCUGCGAACUAAUGAAAAAUGAAAUCAUCUCGUUUCUGAAUGUCCUAGUGGAAAACAAGGCUAUAGCAGGAAUGACAGCUACAAACGAAAUUGUUUCAGACCUUCUAUAUCUUAUGGAAAAAACUAAUCUAGACCAAUCAAUAAUUUUUGACACUGAAAUAAUCCGUCCACUGUUGCAUUCCACUAUAAAGAAAGAUGGAACGGGCUCUUCUUCAUUUUAUGAGGUAGUUUAUUUCAUGACAGAUACACGUGGAGGUUUUUUAACGUCAAAAACCCUUCUGUGUGUUUUAGAAAUGUUAUUAGAAACACGGAAUUAUGAUAUUUUCUUCGAAACUUGGGUCAAAUGCAUUCCACUCUUUUCUCACAAUUGUGCUCUUUGGGAAAGUUUUAUAAAGCUUGUGGUAGCUUCUAAUGAUUUGAAAGUGAUGGAAAAAAUGAUAAUUGAUAAUCAUUUAUUAUUAUUAAAGAGAAAUAAUGUAUCUCUUACACAGUCCCUAAAAUUACAAAUUCACCGAUUAUUCGAAGCUGUUGACCAGAAAGAUACGAAAUUUACUGACUUUAAAAAUUAUAUGCUUGAUUUGGAUAGUCAUCGGAACUCGAUAUAG